AUGACUACUGAGACCAAUAUUUUACCUCAGAGUGCAAAGCAGAUAUAUAAGGACGAUAUCGUCUACGGAAGUCAUUCCUCCUCUUCCUACAGAAUAAUACGUUUGCAUCAAUACUUUCACAAUCAAAACACAGGAGUACCCGAAGCUCUCUGCAUCAAAACGUCAAAGGAUCUCCAAAGACCUUCUUCUUGCUCCAACCCCUUCGAUAUGCUUCAUCUACUUGUGCUUUGUUGUAUGCUUCUUUCCACGACUGCUUUCAAGGUCACUUUCUACGGAAACGGAAACUGCGCAGGAGAGUAUGUUGGGACUUGGGUCGGAGGUGAGGGUCAAGGAUGCAGACAAGAAUUUGUGGGUGUGGCAGAAGGGGUAGUAGUUCAAUCGACCGGUUCAGUCGACGACAGUACAACAGUUCAAUUUUACAGCUCCAACAACUGCCAAGUCGGAACAGAAACAGCACAGGCUAACGCAGGCUGCUUGGACGUCGAUAAUGAGGUUAUUCCCCCAUAUCAGUCAUUCCGAGUCAUUUCCAGCAAGCCAUCGAGGCUACGAAGUGCGAAGCGAAGUCUUGGAGAACGUCGGCGCUAUUACAAUACUUCGUCGACUGUUCCCAUGAAUGUCCCGCAAGAACCAAUCUUCUACCAUGGCAGGACAGCAAGCUUCGACGGAGUUGAAUAUAUAUGGUGGCAAGUCCAUGCUACUGGUUUCAUGGGGAUCCCUUCCGGUGACUGGGAUGAUAAUGUACACGUGAGGAACGAUACGGAUUUAAUUGACUGGCAAACGAUCACCGAUCUUACGAUCCGAGACCUGGAUGAGCGAGAUCUUCUUCAAGGCUUAUGUCAAACGUUCCAGACCUGUGUGUCACAGGCGCGGGCCCAGUUGGUUACCGUUGGCGACGUUGCCGGACCGUUCUUUACCUCACUUGGAGUUUCUUUGAAGAACAAUCUAGCCGCGACCAACAACUGGCUCAACGGGAAUCCUUUCGUUACCCAAGUUAUUGCCGGUACAAUUGCCGGUUUCGCAUCCAACCAGCUCUCGGCCUACGUAGCUGGCAAACUCGCCGGCGACAGCCAAAACGUUGCACAGUGCUCAACCCUGAGUGACCAGAUAGAUGCCCUGAAAUCCAUUAUUCUGUCUCAGAACUCUGUAUACUCGGCAUCAUCAAUGACGGUCACUACUCAACAAGCGGAUGCUGGUGACGAGGUCUGGAGCCUCACCAUGACCACUGUCAACUGCGGAGACGUACUACCAGCAACUACCUGCGGAGGUGUUCCCGCAGGUGUCUGUACGGCCUAA